AUGCAAUGUUUUUUCAAGGAACUUAGAACUGAGCCCCAUUAUUUUGACAAGUUCGAUCGUGGCAUGCUCAGUAUGUCCAACGUAGCAGAGGAGCGUUUCGUAACAGAUGGCAUUACGAACUUCGUUAAUAUGCUGAGACAAACACCUUCGCUACAUGAAUAUUUGCCAUACUUUGAGGCCCUAGAGCCGAAACUUUUAGAAAAAUGUCGUGCAUCGUUCAUUGAGUUUCGUGAAGCACCUCAACCGAAUUCACAGUAUGUGCUUUGUCAUGGUGACUUUCAUUCCAAAAAUAUGAUGUUUAAGCACAAUAAAGAAACUGGCGCAUUGGUGGAUGUUUUGCUCUUGGAUUUUCAAAUCGGCUAUGUUGGUCCAAUUGUGAACGAUUUGAUAUAUUCACUUUACUGCAUUUUGGAUGCAAAUCUGCGCUUGCAAUUUCCAGCUUUUUUGUACAGUUAUUUCACCAAUUUCAUCGAUACUUUAAAAAAAAUUGGUUUCAAGGGUCCACUGCCGACCAUCACACAACUACAUGCGCAGCAUAGACGCCACAAGUGCUUCGAGUUCUUCCUUUUAACCACUUUUUUGCCCAUGUGGUUCGAAAUAGAAGAAAAGGCCGAGGUUGAAGCGCUGAUGACGUCCGAAGAAUUUCGUCGCAAUAUGUACAAGUUAAAGGGCUACGUGGAGUACUUGGAGGAACUUUUGCCGCGUUUGUUGCAUUUGGGUUACUUUGAUGAUUAA